CGCUACUUUGAGAAAUUAUUAACGGUUGUGUGUACUCGUUAUGAUAAACAUUUCAUGGACUUUGUCCAAAUUGUUUGACAAAUAAUUAUAUUUUCAACAUAAUAUUGAAUAAAAGGCAUUAGAACUUCAACAAAGAAGCACGGAUACAUACAUUUUUUUAGUUAGAAUUAUAAAUAUUUUAACAAUAUUUGUUCUGUCAGUUUUAAAAGGCUAUUAUUAGCAACACUCUUAUUCGGACAGGAUGAGAUAUGUUCAUGUUGUUGUGAUUAUUUUACUUAUUUUAUCAUCAGUAAGAAUAUCAUAUUGUGUUUCAUACAACAAUUCAGUUGACCUGAUGCGCGAUGUACUGGACGGGUAUGACGCCCGACAACGCCCUGUGUCAGAUCAGAGUCAUCCGGUAGUCGUCACCGUCUCUUUUUAUUUAUUAACAAUUCAAGAAUUUAACGAAGUCGCAGCAAAGUUUUCAGUGUAUGGUCUUCUUAUACUAGGAUGGAGCGAUCAAAUCAUUACCUGGGAUCCAAAAGACUAUGGAAUGGCAUACUCAGCAUUAUUUAGGUUAUCCGACGUAUGGUAUCCAAAACUGGUUCUCACAAAUCCGUACACAAAGCUGUCUGACCUUGGAGAUGACUGGAUGACAAUUAGGAUAUAUAACUCCGGGCAUACAACAUUUGUACCUGGAGCUGUUUUUGACACCUCUUGCAAUGCUGACGUCACAUUUUACCCGUUUGAUACUCAGAUAUGUAUUUUAUCGUUUAACGUAUGGAGCUACGUUGGUACAGAAGUAUACUUACACCCUACUGUUGAUGAAGUGCUGCUUGAUUUCUUCACAGAAAAUGGCGAAUGGGAUUUGGAAAAUACCAGGGUACAAAGAACAGCCGGCGAACAUUACACAUCCGAUAAAUUACAUUUCAUAUUCACAAUCAAACGCAAGCCCGAGUUCCUUAUUGUUAAUGUUGUUCUUCCUAUAGUCUUUAUGUCUAUAAUAAAUAUUCUAGUGUUCAUACUACCAGCUGAAUCAGGUGAGAGAGUUGGGUAUUCCGUUACAGUGUUACUAGCUCUAGCUGUCUUCAUGACCCUUGUUGGAGAUAAUCUUCCCAAGACGUCAGAACCGGUGCCGAUUCUAAGCUACUAUUUGAUGAUUCUUUUGAUCUUGAGCACGCUCAUGACCGUGAUAACCUUACUGAAUCUGAGUAUUUAUUUUAAGACAAGCCAAGUACCAGCUUGUCUACGAAGUACAUUCAGAAUAUUAUUAUGUUUCCCUUGUAAGUUCGGAGAGAAGAUAGAUAUAAACAACAAAGUUAAACCAGUGGACAUUAAGGAUGAAUGUAGCAUUCCAGCCGAAAAUAAAGCGAGCAUAAAUGAACCUGAAAUAACGUGGCAACACAUCAGUUCAGGCAUUGAUUUAAUUGCAAUGGCGUUCUUCUUAUUAUGCACUAUUAUCAUCAACGCUGUUUUCCUUUCGCUCCUAUCAAAAAAUAAAGAUAGCGCUUUUAAUAAUUAAAUAAUUUGAUUGAAUUGUGAUAUCGAGUUACAUAUUAACGCUGGUAAGUGUGAAAGCGGUUUAAAAAUUCAACAGUGACACAUGUAGACGUCAUUAAAUGCUGCAACAAUGUGGGUAUGUUCAUUUAUUGGAACAUGUAGCCACCUCGAACUUUUAAUUUGUUAUGCCUGUGAUGUAGGGCUCUUUAACUGCCACAUUGUUAUGCUUACGCCAUAAUGCGUGCAUGUUUUUUUUUAAUGCCAACUCGUUAUGCUUACGUCACAAUGUGUGCAUGUUAGGUGGUUGAUAUGCCAAAUUGUUAUGCUUAUGUCACCAUGCGUACAUGUUAGGAUGUUUGAAACUGGACUUCCAACUUGUAUUCUUGUGGUUUGUGCGUGCAUUUUAGAGUGCUUGAAUUGCCACACUGUUAUGCUCGUGUCACCAUGUAUGUUAUAUAACGAGCUUUGAUUUUUUUAUAAAUAUCUCUUCCUGAUGUAAUUAUUUUACUCAGCGAUACUGCUAUAUUAUUUUUUGUAGUCUUCAAUUGAUUUUGAUAAACAUGACAAAAGCUAUGUGAAAAUAUUCGUAUUAGAGUUAUAUGGAUUAUGAUAACGAUGAAGGAAAUAAUAAUAAUAGUAAUAGUUUAUAUAUUUUACAGAACACAUUUCUACUGUACAGUAUUAGAUGUAUCAACAAGUGUAGAAAAACUGUUGCCUUUAAUUCAACAAAAUAAUGAAUAUAUAUAUGAGAGUACAAAAUGGUUGCUUAACAUUACGGAUUUAAUAACUAUAUUUUAUCGUAAAAUUCUUCAUUUGUAAAAAAUUGAUAAAAUACGGUGGAAAUUACGAAUACUUGAAAAAUGUAUGCUAAAUCACUUGACAAAAAUAUAACUAGACUUAGCACUUACACGAAAUGAGCUAUGAUUUUUAUGCGGCUAAAAACGAAAUGAAAACUUAUUUCUAUUCCUAAUUGCACGAGGAAUGGUUAUU